AUGAUUGAUCCAGAAGAUUUGCUCUCUGAUGCUCUUCAAGUAUAUAAGCAUCCAAAUUUUGAUCCUGCACAUCCAUUGAUUGUCAAAUACAAACAACAACCAGUUGUGGAUACUGGUGGAGUUCUUCGCGAGUUUUAUUCGGAUGUUUUCAAGGAAUUUAUCAACAAUCCAUCAGUUCGUAUAUUUGAAGGCCCUAGUGAUAAGCUGCAAUUCUACUAUAACCACACUGCCCUGACAUGUGGUAUGCCUAAAAUGUUAGGCACAAUGAUUGCGCAUAGUCUGUGUCAAAAUGGACCAGGGUUUCCAUAUUUUGCACCUUCCCAGUAUUAUUACAUUGCCACUGGAGAUAUCAAUCAAGCCAUUGCUUAUGCAUCUAUCCAUGAUGUUCAUGAUUAUGAGAUAAAGACUUACAUUGACCAGGUGAAUGUGACCAGAUUAGCAUGA